GAAACCUUCACUCCAUUUCCUCUGCUCUCUCUUCUUUUCCAUCUUCAAAUGAAGCUAGGGUUUCUGUUUUAUUUAAUCAAUUUUUUUAAAAAAAAUAAAUUUUGAGAGAGCUUUUCAUUAACACUGUUAAAUUUAAUGGAGGAGACGAUUUCCUCUAAGUUGAAACUCAGCGAGUUAAGUAGACAAAACUUUCGCCAAACAAUCAAUCAGCUUCAUGAUCGCGCUUCUUCUAUUCUCUUGCUCACUGUUCAAUAUAAGGAAAUAGAGGGUCACUUUAAUUCUACUCAGAGUAGCAUCGAAGAACGUGCCAAAGAGCUCCGUUCAAUCGACGAGUCAGUUGGACAAAAUUUGGAAGAAGUUAAAAAGAGAGAGGAAAAUUUGGAGUUAGUUAAAGAAUCUGUAAAUGUUACAUUUAGAGAGAUUGAGGAGAGAGAAAAGGAGCUGGAGUUGAUUCAAAAGAAAGAGAUUCAAGAAAGGAAGAGAGAGAUUGAUUGGAUUGAGAAGAAAGGUGAGGAGGUUAGUGAAAGAUUGAAAGAGAUUGAUGCAAAAGAGAAACUAUGCCAACGGAUUUUAAAUGAAUUGGAAGAGAAAGAGAAGCGAAUCGAAUUAGAGGAAAGGAAGUUAAUGGAAAGAAUCAAAGAAUUUGAUGAAAAUAAAUUAAAAGAAAAACGGUCUGUUGAUAAUCAGUUCGCUCGUGCAGAUCGUAGAAUCAGAUGGAAACGCAUUGCAAAUUUUCUUAAAUGAGCAUUCUGAGGAUCAUGAUUUCAUGAGGAAUGGAGUGUUAUGGCUCUGGGACUCUCAUCAGACCCUGCAAAGCUUGUUUUAGAUGCAAUGCAAGGGUUUUAUCCUCCCC